UACGAUCCAAAAGUGGGGAAACCAGAGUUGACAGCCCUCACAUCAUUAUGGGAAACUAUGAUUGACGAUACAUGUGAUACUAUACUCGGGCAAGAUACAGGCCUUGCUGCUGCAAUGAUUUCACACAUUCAGAUGGAACGUGCAUGCCCCAAAACAAAAGUUCUUGCGCAGAAAAUGAUUGAAUCAUAUGUAGAAGUGUAUGACUUUCAGUUUGAACUCAUUGAGGCCAUGGCAAGCUACAUGAGAGCCACCACUGCGGUGGAAGCAGCUAACAGUAUCGUUGAUAAUUACGAACAGCUUCCCUCUGUGGUAGAUCAAAACGAUGUAAAA